GGCAUUUAUGCUGGCACGCCUUCGUUCCUGGUACUCGCCACCGUCUCUUCCCCAGUCCUGCUGCAGCUGCUCCUUAGCCCAGGCCCCAAGACAGAAUGGUCCCUGUGGCAGCAGCUGGUGUUGUUUCAUGAGGCAGCAACAUUUGAGGACAUGACCAAAGAUUGGAAGUGUUUGGAAGCCUCUUGGAAGGCCUGCUGCAGGCACGCAAUGCUGGACAGUUACGAGAACACGGUCCCUCGGGGGUCCUUCUUGCAGUUCUCUAUGUUGCCACAGAGAGCUGGAAAUGAUGCCCCUGGUGUUUCAAAUACAAAUGAAAUGGAAAUGGAGAGAAGUAACAUGAGAGAAAAGUUUCUUAUAAGCGUGACAAAGUUAGUGGAAAGCAAAAGUUACAACAGCAAGGUAUUUUCCAAAGAAAAGUACUUUCAAACAAUAAAAGAAGUCAAAGAAGCUAAGGAGAAGGGGAAGAAGUCGUCACGUGAUUAUCGCCGUGCGGCUAAAUAUGACGUGAUCUCUGUUCAAGGCACAGAGAAACUGAUAGAGGCUUCUCACGGAGAACGAGAUCGAAUACGGUAUUAUGUACAUAAGGAAGAGUUGUUUGAUAUUCUUCAUGAUACACAUCUCAAUAUUGGACAUGGUGGGCGGACACGCAUGCUCAAGGAGCUGCAAGGAAAAUAUGGGAAUGUCACCAAAGAAGUCAUUGUCUUAUAUCUGACUCUGUGUAAACAGUGUCACCAGAAGAACCCAGUACCCAAGAGAGGCCUUGCACCCAAGCCCGUGCCUUUCAGGGACAUUGACUCCAGAUGCCAAGUUGAAAUACUUGACAUGCAGUCAAAUGCUGAUGGUGAGUUCAAGUUUAUUUUAUAUUACCAGGACCACUUGACCAAGUUUAUUAUUUUACGACCAUUAAAAGCCAAACAGGCCCAUGAGGUGGUCAGUGUCCUAUUGGAUAUUUUCACAAUUCUUGGUACACCCAGCAUGUUAGAAUCUGACAGUGGCAUAGAGUUCACAAACCAGGUUGUUAAUGAGCUCAAUGAGAUAUGGCCAGACCUAAAGAUUGUCUCUGGUAAGUACCACCCUGGCCAAGGCCAGGGCUCCCUGGAGCGAGCAAGCUAUGAUGUCAAGAACAUGCUAAGUGCCUGGUUGCAGAGUAACCACUCACGUCACUGGGCCGAAGGCCUGCGAUUCAUACAGAUGGUGAGAAAUCAGGCGUUCGACGUUUCUUUACAGCAAAGUCCGUAUGAGGCAAUGUUUGGUUGUAAAGCCAAACUUGGACUAUAUUCCUCACACUUACCCCGGGAAACUGUGGCUGUUUUACAAACAGAGGAAGAACUGGAACUUGCUGAAGAGCAGCUAGAAAACAGCCUUUGGAUCAGGCAGGAAGAAAGGGCUGAGAAUGGAGGAGACAGAUCUGAUGUGGAUGAGGACAUCGAUCCCACUCCUCCUGAAGCUACAGAGCCCAGCACCUCACAAGGGGCUCCCGGUCUCUUCUGCUGGUGAACAGACACCUGCUGGGUGGACGCUCUUGGUGUCUCUGGGCAAUGGACAGCCAUCUGAGAACUGUUGUCAAAGGCCCCCGGGAAAGGAACAUGAAGGCUGCACCCUCAAGUCAAGUUGUCCAUGAUAGUCCUUGCUCAAA